GCCAUUGUGAAAUUCUCCGUCCCCAGUUCUCGACUCCAGCAUACUCCGUUCGGAAGCAAGCUCGGUUAGGGAUUGAAUCCAUGGGUUUGCACCUUCUUCCCAUUGAUGCUGCCUUGAAGAUUGCUUCUUCGCUUCAGGGAUGUGAUGCGAAUCGGUACGAAGGCAUCGGACAUUUGUUCUUUGGGCUGUUGCUCGCGAUUUUGUAAGCAACUCUGCGAUUCCGAUUACCUGUGGGAAUCUCUCACUCGAGAAAGAUGGCCUUAUAUCAAUGUUGCUUCGUCUACUGGUUCUUCUUCAUCAACUCUCGCACAAUCGCCUAUCUCCAUGGGAUGGAAAAGCUUUUACAUCCAGAGACAUAUCGAGAUAUCGAGACGAGCCCAAGCAGCGGUAAAGUUUAUAGAACAAUACUCUCCUUCUUCCCCAAUUGAGGGUGGAGACUAUCUCAGGACAAUUGUAGGCUUGUGGGAUUUGAAGCUUAGUUUUAUAGAUGCUCAAAUGGUGCUCUUCAAACCUCACCUGAAUGAGCUGCUGAACUUGGUUGGCUUACACUACUGUCAAAGUUGGCUUCAAGUUCCUGGGAAUGAAAUCAUAGAAGCACUUGAAAGAUGCAAGAUCUCAGAGAGGCAAGUAAGUGUGAAAUGGUGGAAGCUGGGAAGAUGGUUUUAUGGCUUCCGUAUGAGAGACGAGCAACAAACUCGUCGAGUCUCUCUAGCAGCACUCGUAGCAGAAGAAGGGGAAGACGUUCUCGAGGUGCUUAGCCGAGGCGCUGUUAACGAGGUGCUUCGAGUUCAGGUAUCUGUAGGUGAGCCUUUUGCCAGUAACUGAUCUCAGGAAAGCACAUAAAAACACCAUUUGCAUCUCCUAAGUAAGCAUUCUGCAGCAAUGAUCUAUGUGCUAAUUAAUAGUUGCUUCAUAUAUUUCAAAUAAUUGCUUAUAGAUUUAUGCCUGCAGAUACCCAAAUGCUAAAUACUUGUUGCCCAUUCAGGUUUGAUUUAUAAUUGGUAUAUUUUGUAAAUUAUUAGGAGCUUUUGGCUCCCAAGUAUUGGUUUCGGACAAUUUUAAUAUCUUAGGUCACACAAUACUAAUAGUAUAGUCCAUGGCUACAGCGUUACUUUUCUA